AUGUUGGCUGAUACUAACAUUGACAUAGAUUAUAUACCUUACACUGUGCCACCUGGUGAGGAAGGAGUUGACUUCAGCCACGAAGGCGGAGAACGCGAAGCUUUCGAAGUAUUGGCUCGGCAGAUGGCAGAUCUUUCAGGAUGCCGUUAUGUGGAUUCAUGCACUCAUACCGACCGUAUAGAAGUUCAAAAUGAACAUUGGGGUGCUCAGAUUGAAUGGCUGGUCAACGUGUAUCUCGACUAUCGUAGCCAAGAUGGUGGCGAUGGCAUGCCAAUCUUUCUGCCUUCAAUUAAACCCAUUCUCAAUGGCUACUGCGUAUCUCUCAAAAAUAUUCAACUAGUCGACAUUUUUAACAAGCAUGUGUCAUUGCAGCCUCGUCCAUCUCACCAGUAUCCGAAUGAAACACUCGUUUACCAUGGGUACCUAGGGUGCUCUCUGUUAUUUCCCACUGUCACCAUCUCCAUCCGCACACUCACUGCAUUUCGGUAG